AUGGCCGAAAAAGAAGACUUUCCCAUGGGAGGCGAGCAGGAACAUGACCAAUCGCGCUAUGGUCGAACCACUGGUUGCCCCGACACCGACAAGCAGUCGGUGAACAAGGCCUCGGUAGCUUCCGACUCCAGGAAGUGUCGCCGGGGUCAAGACCCUGACAGUGACCUCCACUGGGUCUGUGACCUGCAGACUGGUGUUAUUCAACACCCUGUGGGAUGCGCUCAAUGUGACGACUUCAUGCAUCACCAGCAACUCGGCAGGGCAGACCCGAGCUUUUGCGAGGCUGCCGCGGCGCAGCUAAGCCACAUGCACGGUGCUAACAAUCCUCCUCGUAUUAGUCAAGAAGCGGUUGACCUGGAGAAUGUCCUCUGCCACCACAAGAUUCCUCUGCCCACUUCUCAGGCACAUCCACUGCCUGUGUCUUCUUCCCAAACGCCCGCAAACCAAGCACCUCUAGUUACACCACUUGGUGCACCAGAGCCACCUUUGGACCAUGCGUGUUCCUACGUGCCACAGGCAAUGGAGCUCAACUAUGGCAAUUCAGAGUCAUCAUUGUCUGCCAAGGGUGAUGAUGCUCAACAAGGCCCGGCGGCAGAAAAGUGGCCUGCUAGGAAGUUUGGUUCCUAUCCGACAAAGACGGGAAGGCCCACGAUCGAAGGGUCGGGAUACAGCGCCGACGAGUUCAACAAAUUCAAUCCCAAACCCACUGAAUCUGAGCUGGAGGAUGCCACUCCUGCGCAGAAGAACCUAUGGCAGGCUUGCAAUCUCAAACAGAGGAAGCGCAACGAGCAGCGAGCUGCCGUCUCGACAAAGCCUCUCGCAAUUACCCCUUGGGAGCAGAGCAUGAAUCAUGCCAAAUACGCCCUGAAUGUCAUCAAGAGGUACAAAGGAGAGUACUCCGCUAUCCGUAAUCCUCUCCAUUGGAACAAUCACAAGGGUCGCAACUGGAUGAGGUGGGGCUAUUAUGCCAACCACCACAUCAAGUACCUCGACAAGCAGCGAAAGCUGCACAAAUAUUGCGGGGUUCCUGCAGGGAUAUCCAUUCCACCAUGA